ACCCCUGCAGGAGGGCUGCUGACAGGGAAGUACAAGUAUGUCGAUAAAGACACGGGCCAACCGACUGGCAGGUUUUUUGGAAACGAUUGGGCCCAGACCUACAGGGACAGAUACUGGAAGGAGCACCAUUUCCAAGCCAUUGCCCUGGUAGAGAAAGCGUUAGGGGAGGCUUAUGGCUCUAACCCCCCCAGCCUAACUUCAGCUGCUUUACGCUGGAUGUACCACCACUCCAAACUUCAGGGUGCCCUUGGAGAUGCAGUGAUCAUUGGGAUGUCCAACAUGGAUCAGCUGCAGCAGAACCUCACGUGCAGUGAAGAGGGCCCUCUGCUCCCAGCUGUGGUGGAAGCAUUUGAUAGAGCCUGGCACCUAGUAGCACAUGACUGUCCCAACUACUUCCGCUAGAAAAUGGGGGUCGCAAGUUUAGUGUGGGGAUGGUAACCAAGUAUCCUGGCCUCUGAGACUUCCUAACUCCUCCCAAAGCGUUUCAGAGGAAACUUCACCCUUGGAUCAUGGGUUCCAGGUAGUGAACGUAUUGGUGCCACAUGGGGGUUUCCUUGCACUAGAGUUGAACCUCUUUGUACAAUCACAAGCUUCACUGUUUCUAUGCUGACUUAAUGGUAGCUGCACAUGGUGUCCAAGCCAUAAGGUGUCUGGUUUUUCCUUAAACAAAACUAAAAGCCAUAAUUGCCAUGAGAAUGUCCCGUAAUAGGGCAGCUCCUAUUUUCACCUGAGCACACAAAAUAGUGGUGUGAUUCAGUGAUGUAAUUCGUGAAGUCUCCACGUAGGAAUGUGGAUAUUUGUCUUCAAUCAGCUGUCAGAAUAAAGCAUUUUCUAACUCAGGCCAUGUCUGUUUAAUUGAA